AUGGUUCGUCGAGAAAGGCACAGAUCUAAUUGGGUGUUAGAUCUUCGGCGAAGGUCUUUGGUCGCUAAAGAUUUUUUGCUGAGCUGUGAAGAAGAAAAUCAUCUAGUGGGUUGGCCACCUAUUAAGUCAUGGAUGAAAAAUUUACUUCAUGGGCAUCAAGGCGGUCGGAUUGCAAACCAGCGGACGACAGAGAGGGGAAAUGGUGGAACAAAAUCCAUGUACGUUAAGGUGAAAAUGGAGGGAGAGGGCAUAGGAAGGAAGAUUGAUCUAAGGCUCUAUCAUUCUUAUCAGACCCUCAAAAUGUCCUUAAUCAACAUGUUCGUUAAACACCCGAAAAGUGACAAAGAUGGUGCACAUUAUAUCCUAUUCUAUCAAGACAGAGAAGGAGACUGGCUGCUUGCAGCAGAUGUUCCAUGGCAGAAAUUCGUAGAGUCCGUGCAACGUGUGGAGAUAGUAAAAAAUGCAGGUUAACAAGGUUCCAGAUUAUUAUCCCAUAUAUUAGUAUAUUACUAUUUGGUAGCAUGGAGUGAUUGCAUCAAAUAAAUUAGAGGUGUGUAGUGUAGAGGAGCAGACAUAGUUUGGAAUGUUUGAAAAGUAACAAAGUAGGUACUCUUUGUUCUUGUAUACUGGGAUUUGUAUAAUGUAUUGUGGUAG